AUAUCUGCUGCAAUAUGACCAAGCUGGGUAUGGAGAAAGUGAUCCAAAUCCCAAACGCUCGCUCAAAAGUGAAGCACUUGACAUUCAAGAACUUGCUGAUCAGUUAGAGUUAGGGCCACAGUUCUAUGUCAUUGGAGUCUCAAUGGGUUCAUAUGCUACAUGGAGUUGCCUUCAGUACUUACCCCACAGCAGCAGAGAAAGAAGAAGAACAACUCGAGCAUGGCACAAACGCUAGCGAUGCCUAUAGCUCCCUCUCUCGCCCUAAUCUCAAACCCUAGACCUCUUUCCAGAGCCGUCUAUUUCCCUGUUCUCAACCCUCCCAAGGUGAGAGAGUUAAGCAUAGAGUGCGCUCAAGUUGGCGGAGUGGAGAUUCCGAACAACAAGAGAAUUGAGUUCUCGCUACAGUACAUCCAUGGAAUUGGAAGGAGCAGAGCUCGCAAGAUUCUCUGCGAUAUAAGCAUGGACAACAAGGUCACUAAGGAUCUCAGCGAAGAGGAUCUCAUCACUCUUAGAGAUGAAGUCUCCAAAUACGUCAUUGAAGGUGAUUUGCAGCAGAGGAAGAAGAAGAACAACUCGAGCAUGGCACAAACGCUAGCGAUGCCUAUAGCUCCCUCUCUCGCCCUAAUCUCAAACCCUAGACCUCUUUCCAGAGCCGUCUAUUUCCCUGUUCUCAACCCUCCCAAGGUGAGAGAGUUAAGCAUAGAGUGCGCUCGAGUUGGCGGAGUGGAGAUUCCGAACAACAAGAGAAUUGAGUUCUCGCUACAGUACAUCCAUGGAAUCGGAAGGAGCAGAGCUCGCAAGAUUCUCUGCGAUAUAAGCAUGGACAACAAGGUCACUAAGGAUCUCAGCGAAGAGGAUCUCAUCACUCUUAGAGAUGAAGUCUCCAAAUACGUCAUUGAAGGCGAUUUGAGGAGGUUUAAUGCGCUGAAUAUAAGGAGAUUGAAUUAUGACAAUGUUAAGUUGUAUAUGUAUAAGAGAGCGAUUGAGGAGGUUGUUGGUUUUGGUUCUCAAAUUGCAAAACAGUUUUACUUAACAUGGAAAUGUGGUCAGAAAAUUUUCAAGAAAGUUAAGCCCCUCAUCCGAGGUCUACCAUUUCAGUCGCGAACUCGCCAUAAUGGUUUCCGCCGUGGCCUCCGCAAUGCCUCUGGACACUGUUCUGAGGGGUCAUUGGCGGCAAAAAACAGUAACAUGCUGUCAGUGUCACUGCAGCCGUUUACAGCAUCCAUCCACAGUGUUCUUAGAGAGAUAUCGCAGAGCAGCAUUGACAAAAUAGCCAGAUUUAAAGAGAAACCUAAACUGAAAGGAGGAAAACAGAGUUGA